AAGGAUUCAUCAACCAAAGUUGUUAAGAGUUCUUGAAUAUUAUUCACAACCUCAAGAAGAGCAUUUAACUCCCAAAAGAUAACAACAAAAUGAAGGCCACUCUUGUUCAUGAGCUUGCUAAUGGAAUUUCUGUCACCUCCACAUACCAUGGUGGGAAAUCAUCAAAGAGAUACUAUUUGCCUGAUGCUCGUGGAAAAUACACCAAGUCUAUCACUAAAUCAAAGCAAAGUAGAACACAUCACAAAUCUGGAUUCUUGCAAAGAGUUAGAGAGCAUGCUGUGAAGCUUGGACCAAAGAUAACAGAUACAGUGAAAGGGAAAUUGAGUAUGGGAGCAAGAAUUCUUCAGGUUGGUGGAGUAGAAAAAGUGUUCAUGCAACUGUUUAGUGUUGCAGAAGGAGAGAAGCUGUUGAAAGCAUCACAAUGCUACUUAUCAACCACAUCUGGUCCUAUGGCUGGUCUUCUCUUCAUAUCGAGUGAUAAAGUUGCAUUUUGCAGUGACAGAUCCAUCAGGGUCACAACCCCAGAUGGAGAAAAUAUCAGAGUCCGUUAUAAGGUCUCCAUUCCCCUUAAAAAGAUAAAGUCUGUGAACAAAAGUCAGAAUGCGGAAAAGCCUUCACAGAAGUACAUAGAAAUAGUUACAGUAGAUGAUUUCGAUUUCUGGUUCUUGGGUUUCUUUCAUUAUCAGAAAGCUCUCAAAUGUCUUCAGCAGGCUGUUUCUCAAUCUUAGAGAAAAAUACUGCCUCAGUAAAAUUGUUUGUCCCAUCUGCUUCUUCACUUAUUCUGUGAAGUUGCAAAGCUUCUCAAGAUGUACAAAGAUUUUACAUAAUUUUGUUAAUGAUAUAUAUGAUUAAAAAAAACUGGUGGUUUUUUAAUCUUUUGGUUUGCGUUGUUGAACACAGAAAAGUUGAUUCUUUGAAAUUUUCUAACAUAGAUCAUAGAAAACUUAUGAUUUUCUCGAUCAGAGAACUCAGU